AUGAGCGCGCGACUGACGCGAGAGUUCGGGAUGGGGGACUCGGGGACGGACGUGUCGCUCGCGCAGCGGUUGCUCGGGCGGGACGCGAGACGCGCGCACGGCGUGUGCGACCGAGAGACGACGGAGGCGCUGCGCGCGUGGCAGAUUUCGCGCGGAUUAAAGCCGAGCGGGUUCUUCGGGGCGAGCUCGCGGGCGCAGAUGGCGAUGGAGGAGGAGCGGUGGCGCGAACUGGGGGGGGGGGCGCUGCUGGAGCGACUUUGGGAGGAGGAGGCGCGCGCGCGGGACGCGAGCGAACGCGCGAACGAACGCGCGGGAGGGAGCGGACGGACGCGCGGCGUGGUGGCGACGUCGACGACGCCGCGCGAAGCGCCGCGCGUCUCGCGCGUCGCGCGCGGCGCGUUGGUGUUGGUGGUCGCGUCGGCGGCUUUGGGCGCGGCGGCGCGUCUGAGAAAUCGCGAGCGCUUCGCGGCGUUCGUCGAUUCGGCGACGGCGUGGACGCGCGAAUCGCGCGCGAAGGUCGCGCUCGACGUCGCGCGCGAGUUUAUCGGCGCGUGCGGCGCGCGCGCGCGCGCGCGCUGGACCGAGAUCGCCGCAGAUUUCGCCGAGCGGCGCCGAGCGCUCGUCCGCGCCGCCGCGACGGCGAUUUCUCGCGUUCGAUCCGCGGCGGAACGCGUCGCGACGAACGACGCGCUCGACGCCGGCGCACCGCUCGCGGAGGGACACUUCGAUGAAAACGGUCGCUGGUGGGAGUCCCCACUGCCCGCGUCCACGCCCAAAGCCGCCGACGCGAGGCCGCGUCCCGCCGAGCCGUCUCCGCGAGGCGGAGCGUCGACGGCUCGCGAGCGCGCCGAGCAAAUGCGCGAGCGCUGGGUCAACAUCCGUCGCCAACAGGUCGACGUCGGCGCGGACGAGCGUCGAGCGAUUGAGCGCGUCUCUAAAUUUCUCCGCGACGCCGAAUGA